AUGGCAAAGAAUCUCACAGGCACCUUGCCACUCGUGAAAGGCUUUGUUGCCACAGCUAUUGCUGUCAUUUGUUUUGGCAGCAAUUUUGUCCCGGUGAAGAAAAUUGAUACAGGAGAUGGCCUGUUUUUCCAGUGGAUUUUCUGUACUGCAGUUUGGGUUGUCUCACUGGUGAUCCAUCUUAUCCAACUGUGUCCAAAGUUCUGGCCUCUCACAAUGCUCGGUGGAUUUCUGUGGGCUACAGGGAACGUCACCGUUAUUCCCAUAUUAAAAACUGUUGGUCUUGGCAUGGGAGCUUUAAUCUGGUCUACAUUUAGCCUUCUAAUGGGCUGGGCUAGUUCAAGGUUUGGCUGGUUUGGAUUGAACGUUCAGACUGUUCCAAGUCCCAUCCUAAACUAUAUUGGAACGGCAAUGGCAGCUUUAAGUGCUGGGAUUCUUAUAUUUGUGAAAACCGAGAAUAAAGAACCACCACAAGAAGAAACAUCCCCCUUAAUACAGGACAAGGAAAUGGAAAAGGACAAGGAAAUGGAAAAGGACAAGGGCUGGACUGAUAAACUCAACCCCCCACAAAAGAAAUUGGUAGGCUGCAGUCUUGCAAUGUAUGCAGGCUUAUUGUACGGCUCCAGUUUUGUGCCAGUCCUCUACAUUAAAAACCACGCAGAAAAAAAUGAAACCAAGUUUUUCGGAGCUAGUCAGUUUGACAUGGAUUAUGUUUUUGCGUACUGCAGUGGGAUUAUUCUGACCAGUACAGUUUAUUUUCUCAUAUAUUGUGGAGUGAAGAAAAACAAACCAUGUGUUUAUUCAACAGCAGUAUUACCCGCUUUCUUCUCGGGACUGCUGUGGGGAAUAGCAAACGGUGCUUGGUUUCUGGCAAACUACUACCUGGGAGCAGUUAUCACAUUUCCUCUCAUUACUGCUGUGAGUAUCAUAACGUUCUGCUCAUACCUCUAG